UCAAACUCACACAACUCAAUGCGCCCUCUACUUUUCAUCGCGGCCACUACGGUCGCGUUAACAACUGCAACGCCAACACCAAUACACAAACGCUCGACUACCGAUCCGGGACAAAUAUCGGGCAAGACCUUCGACUUUGUUAUCGUCGGAGGAGGAACUGCAGGACUCGCUCUUGCAGCGCGCUUGGCGGAGUGGAAGAAUACUACGAUUGCUGUUAUCGAGGCUGGAACGGAUGGGACUGAAUUUGCGGACCAGAUUACGAUUCCAGGAAUGUCCUACAUCCAUGGCGUUUCGGGGACAACUCAUGACUGGGCUUAUACGACAACAGCUCAAGCUAGCGCUGCAAAUGCAACGCGAGUAUGGCCUCGAGGCAAGGGCCUUGGCGGAUCGUCUGCCACCAAUGGUGGUUUCUGGUGUCGCGGAAGCGCUCCCGAAUACGAUGCUUGGAAUGCCCUUCAAAAUGGUGCCGCCAAUGCAGAGGACUGGGGAUGGGAAAAGAUGCAGGCUUCGAUGAAAAAAGCUGAAACCUUUACUCCAAUGGCGGAAGCCAACGCGGCGUUAUUGUCCGUCACCCACGACUCCAAUGCCCAUGGAACAACUGGCCCCAUCCAGAGCAGCUAUAGCUCGUACCAGUACUCUCACCUUGCGACAUGGGUACCAACGAUGGUUAACAUGGGCCUACCACACACCCUCGACCCGGCCAGCGGCGACAACAUUGGUGUAUCAUUCGUCCCUUCCACUAUCAACCCUCACAACGGCUCUCGCUCCGACGCCAACUUCGGUUAUAUCGCGCCUUAUUUCGGAACGAACCUUGUCAUCCUUACCGGCUUCCAAGUUACCAAGAUCAACUGGAACUCCACAACUUCAGGUGCUGCGGUCGCGGGAGGGGUUUCUUUCGCGGCUAAUGCUGGCGGAACCGUUUACCAAGUCAAUGCCGCCAAGGAAGUCAUCUUAUCUGGCGGUACUAUUGGGUCUCCACAAAUCCUCCAAGUCUCUGGAGUUGGGCCCAAGUCGCUCCUGUCUGCUCAUGGCAUUCAAACAGUCGUCGACCUCCCCGGAGUCGGUCAGAAUCUCCAAGAACAUCUUUCCGCCUCUCUCUAUAUGCAAGCGACCGACAACGACACCUGGGCUGCUCUUAAAUUUGACCAGGGGUUGUGGGACGAACAACUUGCGAUCUGGCGGAAGGAUGGGACGGGAAUGUGGACCUACUGGAACGAAGCGACUGCUUAUCCCGCGACCACCCACAUGAUGGGGACCGACGCCUCCGUUUGGGCUUCCUCUAUUAACACCGACUCCGCCCUCUCUAUCUCCGCAGCAGCUUCCUCCAUGGACUCCACCGUGCAAGCUGGUGUCAAAGCACAGUAUUCGAUCCUUUCGGGUUGGGCAGCGCAUUCCAAAAUCGGCCAAAUCGAAAUGAUCUUCAACAUGUUUGGCUCUGCCGCAUCCAUGAUUGGAAUCCAGCUUUGUCUCCAGCAUCCGUUUUCGCGCGGCUACGUCAACAUCAAGUCCGCCUCCAUUUUCGACUACCCCGAGAUCAACCCCAACUACCUUUCGGUCUCGUAUGAUCUCGACCUCAUGCGUACUGCUUUCAAGUACACUCGAAAGACCAUCGCGACUGCUCCGAUGUCGGAGAUGAUCAAGACAGAAACCACACCAGGGAUGCCGGCUACAGACGACGCGAUCAAUGGCUACAUCGCUAGCUCAUCUGGCACGGAAUACCACCCCAUUGGUACCAAUUCCAUGUUACCGCUUGAGCGUGGCGGGGUAGUUGAUACUCGCCUUAUCGUCUAUGGCACUAAAAAUCUUCGUGUGGUCGAUGUCUCGAUUGCCCCGUUGCAUGUGUCAGCACAUACUAUGGCCACAACUUAUGGCAUUGCUGAACGCGCAGCGGACAUAAUCAAGGCCAAGUAUUUCGCAGUUGGCUCCUCCUCAUCUUCCCCGAACUCCCCGUCUUCUUCCGGUGGCGCCGGUUCUGGUUCUGGCUCAAGCAAUACCAACAACACGACCAACUCGAGCUCCUCGCUUUCUACGGGAACGAAGAUCGCUAUUGGAGCUGGGUCGGCUGUAGGCGCUAUUGCUCUUAUCGCGUUAUUGGUCUUGCUUCGUCGUCGCGGUAACAAGCGUCAGCAAAACGCAGCAUUCGCUGCUUCGACGAAGGAAGAGUGGUAUCCAACACAGCCCCAUGCGCCAUUCAUGGCUGGCACUGGCAAACGCAACUCUGCAUUCAGCGUCGACAGCAUGGCAACUGCGACACAUCCCGACAACGAGCAACACGUCAAAUAUGACCAGCACUAUUACCCGCCGAGUCCUAUGCAUAGCGACAACAGGAGUCUGGGAAGUGGCAGCGAGGCCACGUUCCACGACCAUCCCCACUCUCAAUACGGCGCUAUCCAUGCCGACUUAUCAACUCCUGAAGUCGCCGCCCUUCACCCUUCACAUCCUCCUUCCUCUCCUGGUCCGGGCUCGCCCAACUUCUCGCCUAGCCAGCGGUAUACGGACCUGCCGCCGCAACAUCAGUACCACGACCAGCCUCGACAUUGA